CGGCGCUCCUGACUCUCGACCCUCGCCCGGCCCCGCAGCAUGUCGGCCGUGGCCCCGGGAUCGCCGCCCCCGGGCAAGGCCAGGGUGAAGGAGCAGAUCCGGACCAUCGUGCAGGACCUGGAGCUGGUCCUGGGUGACCUGAAGGACGUGGCCAAGGAGCUCAAGGAGGUGGUUGACCAGAUUGACACACUGACCUCUGACCUUCAGCUGGAGGAUGAGAUGACAGACAGUUCCAAAACAGACACACUGAACAGCAGCUCAAGCAGCACCACAGCGUCCAGCUUGGAGAAGAUGAAAGUGCACUCCAGUGCACCGCUCAUCAAGUCGCCAGCCCACCCCUCCGCCAUCCUCACUGUUCUGAGGAAACCCAACCCACCACCGCCUCCCCCAAGGUUGACCCCUGUGAAGUGUGAAGACCCUCACAGGCCAAUGCCCACUUUGAAUCCCGUAAAGACUAACGGCACCCUGCUCCGAAAUGGGGGCUUACCGAGUGGACUGAACAAGCUUCCCAAUGGGGACGUCUGCUGCAUACCUAAUAGUAACGUGGACAAGGUUUCCAUGCAGCCUCUAAUACAUAGGCCAGAGAAAGACCGGUGUCCUCAGGCAGGGACACGGGAACGGGUGCGGUUCAGUGAAAAGGUGCAGUACCAUGGUUAUUGCCCUGAUUGUGAUGUCCGAUACAACAUAAAAAACAGAGAGGUGCACUUACACAGCGAACCGGCUCCCUCAGCGGGAAAACUUCCUCACCAGUGCCCUCCCGCCCCUCCUCCUCCUCUCCCUCCUUUCCCCCUGGAAAAUGGAGGGUUAGGAAUCAGCCACAGUAAGAGCUUUCCCCCUCUCAGACCUGCAACCGUGCCUCCGCCGACUGCACCCAAACCACAGAAGACCAUUUUGAGGAAAUCGACCACUACAACCGUGUGACGUUUGCCACUUAGAAAACUCUUUUUGUUUAUUUCUAUAUUAUAAACAUAAAAUAAUAGGUUAUGAGCACUUUCUACUCAAGCAAUAAAAAGCCCCAAAAUAUUACACCCAUGUUCAGCGAAGAGGCAUAAAAUCACCUGGCAUACCCCAGGUUACAAGAGUCCCCGACACAAGCACCCUGGAAAUACAACCAGUAUUGUUUGAUGCCUUACCCAACCCAUAUGCACAACCUGCUCUGAUGUUCCAGCCCAGCAUUUCAGGUUCUGGUUCCAGGAAGGAUCAUAACCCCGUUGUGUCAUGUGACAAGCCUGGGCAGUACAAACACUUCUUCCAUUUAAGUACUAAGCACUUAGUACUUGGUGCUCUGUACCUGGAACUCCUGUAUGAGUGUUUCAAGGACUUUUGAUGAUGCUCUCAGCCUGUUGAGUUGAAAGUUUCCCAGAGGAUUGGAAUCGUAUUCUGACACCAGCUUCCAGAUUCCUUGUUGCGCCCUCCAGCAUGGCUGCAUAGAAUAGGUUGAACAAGCCUGGACCUAAUACACAGUCCUGCUUUACUGUGUUGGUGAAGGGGAAGGAUCUGACAAGGCCCCUCCAAUUCUGACCUGACCAGCCAUAUCAUCGUGGAGUUAUAGAAUCUUUAUAGUUAGGGCAACCUAACUUUCGGUUGUUGCCAGAGAACAGGCCUGCCAAUGGUGUCAAAUGCUUUUUUUAGUGUUCAGACACCAUAUAGAGGUCUUGAUGCUCUUCAGUGAAUUUCUCCUGCACCUGAGGUGCAGCAAACAUCACGUCUCCUAUGGCCACUGUGGUCUGAAUCUACAUAGAAAUUCUGGGAGCAUGCUGUUAACAGUGUUCUUCAGGAGUCAGUCCAGCAGGACUUUGGCUAGGAUCUUGCCAACUAUGGGGAGUAGAGAGACCCGCAUGACAGUUUCUACAGCCAGCUCUCUCCCCUUUGGAAGAGCCUAAUCAAAAGUCCUAGGCAAGUAGUCAGUUCACUCUGCUGAUCACUCUGUUACCAAAUGUUGUUGCUGCCCCUUCAGCAACAUUUUGGGGAUCGAGCAGCCGUAUUUAGGAACACACUGCUCACCCCAAAUGGGGAGGAGAACUAGAAAAUAUGCCUGUAAAAAUCUCCUUUCCCAUCCAAUCUGCACCUAGAAGCCCAGAAAUGGUGAGCCUUAACCUUGCGAUUCUGUUAUUUUAUGGAACAUCAGGAUGCUACACGACUUUGGAAAGGGUCAUCCAAUAAGAUGACUGGAACAUGUUGCAGGUGAACUAUCCUGCACUAAGUGAAACAAAGUUUUCUGAAGAAAGACAGCCCACAGAAACAGGUGCAGGAUAUUCCUAUUGUGAAGAGUUCUUUCUCUUCUGAAUGCAGACUGAUAGACCUAGGUUUUCUGACGGUCUUAUGCCUUCCAAAUCUGUCCAGUGGCAAUCGUUGUAGUGUAAUGACCUUAGCUUUAAAGUAGAAAUACUAUGCCACAAUCAUCAGGGUGCAUGCCCCCACCAUGACUGACGCAAAUGAGAAAGAAAGAUUCCACAUGGGUCUGGACAGACCCAUAGCAAUAUUAAGCUGAUUAAGCUGAUUCUCAUAGGGGAUUUCAAUGCACAGGUGGACAGUGGCACUGAAACGUGGAAAAAAAAUUGGACAUCACAGAACAGGACAAUUAAGCAGCAAUGGCCUACUUUGGCACAGUGAAUGUGCUAAGCAGUUCGUCAUCACGAAUGGUCACUUACCGAAUAAGGGAAAGACCCCUUGGAUACACCCACAAUUUGAGCAGCAGCACCCUGCUGCCUUCUGGCAGUGAGACCUGAAGGAUGUUCAUUUGAUUGCUCCAAUAUUGGGUGCCUAGUACUGAACCUGAUGUUCCAAGCUUUUACGAACAAUAAAGUUAAUAUAGUGCAAAGUGGCAUCCAAACCACUCAGGAUGCUGAAUGUUAAAUUCCUGGAGAAUGACACCACAUGUAAAGGAACUUGGCAAUAUCAAAGCAGCCUAAUUAAGGCAAGAAAUCCCAUCUGCCUCUUCGAAUGUGUUCAAGAAUCGGUUGCCUCUCUGGAAUAUGAUCUAACAGGUAGUCUUUCGAAGAAAACACCAGACUGCUUUGAUGGGAGUGAUUUAGAGAUCUAAGAGCUACUUUUAGUGAAAAAGCCAUAUCUUAAUACCACCUUGCAGAUCCACACAACCCUAGCUAAAGAGAUAUUUAAUGACACAUGUUGUGGAAUAAGAAUAAGUUAAACUCGACAAUUACCAGGAUUUCCAGGCUGACGAGAGACAUGGCUAUACCGACUGAAACCAAGGAGUAGAGAUGGUUCCACCCUUAUCACUGUCAAAGGACAUCUCCUUUGUGAGAUGUGCGAACAUUUCAGUGAUCUCUCUAACACACCUCUCACCAUCGAGGAUGAUGGGCAAGAAUCUUUCCCACUGAAGACAUGGCUAUUGGUCCAACAGUUAAUCUCACCACUACAGAAUGGCAAAGUUCCUGGAUCUGGGAUCUUCAAGCAGCCAGAAGAUGUGCCACUUAAUCACUCAUACAUGUUUUUCCUCACUCUAUGGAACCUGAGGAAAUGCCACAGGAUUUCAAAGUUGCCUCAUUAACACCAUCUUCAGAAAGAAAGGGAUGAAUAUAUAUCAUGAAAUGAAUGUUUCACUUCAAAAGACUCAAAUACUCUAGAGGAAUAAGACAAGGAAAUUAUUCUUAUAAAUAUUUUGUGUUUCCAAAAAACUCAAGCUUUCAAAAAAUGUGCCUCAGACUAAAUGUAGAGAACCAUAAAACAGCUUCUAUUUGAUCCUCAUUGAUGAGUUUCUGAGCUAUACAUCGCUGUGUGAUUAGGGUAGAAAACUCUAUGACAAGAUUCACAAAAAUAUAGCACAGGAAUAAUAGUACUGCCUAAAUAGUACCAGUGAUAGUGUGGUGCUGUUUCCCCCUCACCCUCAGCCCUU